AUGACACUAUCUGCGCUACCGCCGGAGAUCCUCAGCAAAAUCUGUCGCUUCAUCGUCGCGGAAGAUGACCCUCCCAGCGGUAUACUACCUGAACGUAUCAAGGCGCUUCGGCUUUCUUGCAGGGAGAUCUACCAGAAAACUCUAUUCGACCUUGGGGUUCUCUACGGAGGAAUGCUAGACGAACCCUGGGUAAAACUUACCUACCGGUCUCUCUGCGCCCUGUUAGAAAUCAGCAGCGCUCCCUAUUUCCGAGACCGACUCCGCGGAGUCAUAUUCGAUUGGCCAUACAAGCAUGAGUAUUACGGUAGAACGUUGUCCUGUGAUCAUGAGGAAUACGUGGACGGCUUGUCUUACGAAGAGCUGACCGCCUUCACGAACUCCCCCGACGCGGUUUAUAUCCUAGCGCAAUGCUUCAGGAACCUAGCAAAGUCAAAAUCACGGCAGAAAUUGGAGCUCUGCGAAGAGAUGACCUAUGCGCCCGUAUGCGCGGCACUCAACCUCGCUUUAGUUUCGCGCCAAAUCGUCCACGUAUUAGUGAGGCCAGGAAACGACUACCUAUCCUCGCACGAUCGUUUCCUGAACACACUCAUCGAGUCGGCGCAUUUAAUCUCGCAUAUCGAGCUCCGAGCUACUCCACAUAAAGAUCCUGAAGACAUGGAUUCAGACAUGAGACAAUGUGACGUCGCGCACAACGAAAUUGGCCGACACUACUCUGGCUACAAGUCUGUCACUCCUCUACUAUCAAAGCUAGCCGCCAACCUCUCAAGCGUGAAGGAGAUCACUUUCCACGGAUGCAAUAACACACCACGACUUAGACUAUGCCACGGAUGCGAAGAUAUAUGGGCCGGUCUCUUCGCGAAGAACACGUAUUCGCAUCUUACCCACUUGGAGCUUUGUAACGGCUACGUGAGCGGGAGUCGUCUUCGGGGCUUCAUCAAGCGACACGCUCGAACACUACAACAUGUCAAGUUUGAGUACAUGAACCUGACCGACAGUACUUGGCGCUCAAUCGCUCAGGGCCUGCAGAAAUGUCCGAGUCUCAACUAUCUGGACGUGGGUCCACAUGCUAUGGAGGGUUGUUACAUGGGCUCUCUUCGCCAGAAACACGCUGCACCACCUCUCGAAGUCAGCCUGCCAGAGAAAUACGCUACCUCUGGCUUCGUAAUUCCAACGGACAUGCAAAUCAAUGUUUCAGACAUUGCAAUCAUACUGCGUAAUAAGACGGAUGUCGCGCAUUGGCUGGACGUAUUCGUAAGAUACUUCGCCACCAACAAGGACCAAGUAAACGGCUAUCAUCUACCCGGUGACCCUAAACGCCCGGUUUAUUACGAAGUCCGUACUUUCCUUCUGACUGACCAGGUGACGGGUAUACCUGACCCUCGGUCACGGGCAGAGAUAGCUUUGGACAGGUAUCUUGAAGAGGUCGAGGAAGCGUGA